GUCCUCGGCCGGCGGGUCCCGGGAGCUGAAUGGCGGCACCAGGGGAGGAGAUUGCGGCAUGAGUAGGGGUAUAAGGGGCAGACAUUUGCAGAACUCCUACUAAACGUCAAAAACAAACCAUAAAUCCAAUAAUUCACAGACCACUACCCCCUUGCCCCUAAUGAUCGAUGAACUGAUGAGGAUUUGUCCAAGGCCGUACAUGAAAUGGGAUCCAACAGCAAUGGGGAUUUUUCAAGGGAUGAAGAACUGGGUAAAGAUCAUUUAGUUUCUAGUUGGAGUGAUGGAGAAUGUAGUACUACGGGAAAUUCAAAUUCAGCAGUCGAUAGUGACAUCUACAGAGAAGACCAAUCCUCAAAAUCACCAGCAGCUAUCGCAGAGGAAGAGCAGGGGGCUGAAACGUUGUUACAUAAACCAAGCCAUAAGCCAAGAAAACACCUUACUAGUGUCUUAUCCACAUCUGGACACCAGAUGACCCCAAGAGAAGAUGAUUGCAUAAACGAGGACAACAAAAAGCCUUCAAACUUUGCUGCAGAAACGCAAACUCAGAAGGCGAAGACGUACACCUGUAUAUGUGGGAAAGGUUACACCAGUAGCUCGCAUCUAUAUAGACACCAGAAAACCCACACAGGAGAAAACCAGCUGAUCAGUGGGCACAGUCAAAGCGUAACCUGGGAAGAGAAGACGAUAAAGGCUAAAUCUUAUACCUGCAUCUGUGGGAAAAGCUACACCAUCAGCUCACAUCUGUAUAGACACCAGAAAACCUGCGCGAGAAUGCACGAUGAGAACAGUGAGGGCUGUGUUGUUACUUAUCUCCGGAGAGAAGAGCAGGAAAGAAAGUUAAAGCCGUACGUCUGCGCUUGUGGGAAGAGUUACACGUGUAGUUCUCAUCUUUAUAGACACCAGAGGUCCCAGCUAGAAGCAAAAACGGAAAGUGAAAAGAGAUAUAUAUGUGACUGCGGAAAAUCUUAUGGUAGCAGCUCGCACCUGUACAGGCACCAGAGGACACACACAGAGGAGAGGUUCUUAGUAGAAGAACAAAGAGAUGACUCGGUGGAGGACACCGAGAUAUAGAAUCAGGGAAUGAGGAUCAUACAGUAUAAAACAUAGCCCAGACUAUUUCUGUGAUGUAAAGAUGACCCCUCUACAGAACGGACAGAAGUUCCAGAUGCUUUUUUCAG